AUGUCAUCAAGUGACGACGACUUAUUAAUGGCAAGUGCUGCUUUUGUGAUAAUGAACUCAAUAUUAAAAAAAGAAGAAAAAAAAAAAAGAAGGCACAGGCGUUGGUGGAUGACUUCGACAUUUAAAAGUCGAAUAACUUAUAGUGGUAGUAAUUUACUAGAGGAUUUGCGAAGAGAAGAUUCUGGUCAUUUUAAUAACUUCUGCAGAAUGCCACCAGCUACAUUUGACGUAUUACUAGAAAUGAUCACGCCUAUGAUUAAAAAAGAAGACACGAAUUUCAGAAAGGCUAUACCACCUCAAGAGCGACUAGCCUUAACCUUACAUUUUUUAGCAACUGGGAACUCUUUUUCCAGUUUAGCAAUGACCUUUAAAAUAUCAAAACAAACAAUUUCAACAGUAGUUCCUGAAGUUUGCGAAGCUAUUAUUCAAGUACUGCAAGAUCAAAUCAAGAUGCCUGAUACAGAAGAAAAUUGGUUAAAAAUUGCUGACGAAUAUGAAAAGCAAUGGAACUUUCCACAUUGCGUGGGUUCAAUCGACGGAAAACACGUACAAAUACAAGCACCGGCUACAAGUGGUAGUAACUUUUUUAACUACAAAUCAACCUUUAGUAUUGUUCUGAUGGCACUUGUAGACGCUGAUUACAAUUUUUUGUACGCCGAUGUUGGAUGUGAAGGUCGAAUUUCUGAUGGAGGCGUAUUUAGAAAUACGUCUCUGUUUCAAAAACUUGACAAAAAUGAACUAAAUUUACCUACAGAAAGCUUAUUAGAGGGAAGACAAAAAUUAGUGCCAUACGUUUUUGUCGCAGAUGAUGCUUUCCCUUUAAAAUAUAAUAUUAUGAAGCCAUAUUCAGGUCUUCAACAAAAAGGAUCGAGGGAACGAUCAUAUAAUUAUAGAUUAUCACGGGCAAGACGAGUCGUAGAAAACGUAUUUGGAAUUUUGUCAGCUAUUUUUAGAGUUUUAAGAAGGCCACUAUUAUUAGAGCCCGAUAAAGCAGAGCGUGUAGUAAUGACAUGCGUUUACUUGCAUAAUUUUUUGAGAAAAAAUAAAAUAUCAAAAAAUAUAUAUACACCAAAUGGAACUUUUGAUUCGGAAAUAAAUGGCGAAAUCAGAGAGGGUACUUGGAGAAACACGUGUCAAGGUGAAACUAGUAGUUUUGUCUCAUUUCAAAGAGUUGGGAGGAGAUCGGCUAAAAGCGUGGAAGAAAUAAGAACGGAAUUUGCGGAGUAUUUCGUAACAAAUGGAAAACUCCAGUGGCAAGAUGAAUAUGAAUAA